GCGCUGCAAAAAAAAUGUGUGAGUCAAGGUAUUGAAUUCUCUACAGUAGAGGUUCAGUCAGAAAGACAUGAUUCAUUAAUUUGACUUUGGACUUUAUUUCUGACAGAUUAAACACAGUGUUCUAUAAACAUGGAGUUGCCAGAAUUAAAGGACACAAUCAGUCGCUUCAGAUUCACACAAUCUUGUGUGGGGCUCAGUGGUUGCCUGUGUGUGUCUUAUGCUGUCUGGACUCCAUUCUGGUUAAAGGAUGGCGGACUCUGGACUGAGUGGAAUAACACAAAGCGUGACAGUGGCAGCGAUGCCGUGAUCUUCAACGCCCUGGAAGCAGAGAGAGUGUUUGGUGUUCUGUCCUUCCUGUUGGCCUUGAGCACAGGGGCUCUCUCGCUGGUCUUUGCCCUCUGCUGGACAUCGGAGACAGUGCGCUCGUACGCCAACACUCGCUCCCUGCUUAUGGCAAGGACGGCUCUCUACCCCACCACCUUGCUUCUCCUCACCAUGUCAUCUACAGGUUUCUUCUUCCUACUCAGCUGGUCCAUUUUCACCCAUCAGCACUCCGAAGAAAUCCACCAGGACGUCUCCAUCCUAGGUUCCUCUUAUUGGCUGGGGGCUUUAGGCUGGAUCCUGCUGUUGGUCGUGGAAAUGAUCAUUUUCCUAGCUGAGCAAGCUAUUGUGCCAGACAUUCUAGAAGACCUGGAGAAGGCAGUGGAGUCAUGGAGGGUCACCUCUCAGAUGAGUCGUAGCUUCAGCGAUGGUUGUCCUCACAAUGCAGUCACUAAGAGUAAGCUAGCGCCGAACAGGUACAUGUCGGUAACUUGAAUCGGACCCAACACUUGGAAAUGACAGAGAACAUGAGUGGGAUAGUUUCACAUGAACAUGCACAAACCCAAUGGAAAAAAAAAAACCAGUGUCUUAUCAAGAUGCAAGCACAAUGAAAAUUGAGGGUGUUUGAUAAACAGAUAGUUGCUUUGUCUUUCAUGUGAUUUACUUAGAAAAAAAUUAAGGGCCUGAUUUGCUCAAGUUUUGCUCAUGCCUAUUCAGGCGCAAACGUGAUUGCUCACACAAACAAAUGUGGAAGCUGAGCUACUAACUGGAUGCACGCACGAUUGCGCCUGCCGAAUGCACUGAAAUGCCGCACAGUUAAUUUUGUGUGUUUUGGGAAGAGUCAUUCCAAAUAGAUUAAUUCCGCAUGCUGACUGUGAUUUAUCAAACAUGAGAUGACUCGUGAUAGCUGAUUUUGCAUCUUUAAAUAUUGCGUCUGAAAGGGAGCUGCAAACGACACAUCUGAGCAUAACCUUCAUGAGAAGGCGCAGGCAAAAUUAGAGGUGGUGGGGAGAACAGAUCUUUUCCGCUUGUGUAAGCGUUUUUGAAAUGCCAGAAACAAAAUUUAUGGUGACAUAUCAUUUAUUCACCCCUGCAAUCUUUUUUUUUUUUACAUAAGGGCUUACAAAACCCCUUUCAAGUAUGCAUUUCCUUGUGCCUGGGUCAUUUCAGCACACUUUGGCAAUUUUCUGGUGUCGGCUCCAACCAAAGAAGUUUUUCCUGUGUGCUCACCCAAGAUUUAUAUGCAAUGUUAUGCCAAAUGGAUACGGAGGAUCAGUUCAAUUUAACAAUACAUGGCUUUUAAUGGUGUUGCAGGCGACACCAAAAUUACAGGAGUGAUUGAUUUAUUUUCUGCAACUCAGUAACGUGUUUUUGUUUUCCACUAGCAAUUACAGUUUCAUCAGUUCAAACUUCAUUUUGCACUUGAGGUGCUCUCCCAAAUGUGCCAUCGUGAAUACUAUCAGCGCCAUCUAAAGCACAAAAUCCUAUUUUUUUUAAUUGUUUUUUAUAAAUAUGCCAGUCUUCACUUCUUUUACACCUGUUGCCAUCGGUGUGCACAAUCAAUGAGUGAACAUGCAAUUUAGCAACCGUUAUUUGGGAUCCUAGUAAAUGAUCGCAAUGUUAUGUUGUAGUGAACACACAAUUUAGUGGCUGCUUUUUGGGAUCUUAUAAUUCAGGCCCUUAAGUGAUUGGCCCCACAAUUGGCUGGCGAGCAGUCCAGCCCAUUUGCCCAAAGUCAACUGGGAAAAGCUCCAAUUAACUGAGACUCUAAUGAGGACAAGCACUAUCAAAAAUGGAUGGAUGACUCACUCUGAAUGUAUGAAAGAAAUGUAGGAAUAAUGCUUUAUAUAUUGGAAUUUCAAAACACUUUUUUUUCGAGUCAAUGUUUGUGUGUCUGUUUGAGUUGUACAAAUGAAUUAUUCUGAUGCUGAAAUAAACAUACAUAAAGCUA